AUGAGUGAGCCUGUAUUGGUGAUCGAUAACGGAUCGUAUGAAAUCAAAUUUGGUGAGAGUGGAUGGGAUCAGCCACUGCGAGCGUUAAACUGCUUAACCAAGGACAAAUACUCUCGCUUCCACCUUUCAAAUCAAACGAAGAAAAUGCGGGAUAUAUCGCAGGCUUUAAUAAGAAGGCCUCACGAAUUGGGUCAACUUGUAUCAUGGGAAUUAGAAAGUGAAGUAUGGGAUUACUGUUUUUACAACGAGGACGACUUCCAUUGGAACUUGACACACGACAAUGACACUAAAGAUCAUCAUUUAGUAGUAAGUGAGACGCUCAUGACGAUACCAGAGCUUUCGAAAAACAUGGACCAGGUAAUAUUCGAAGAAUAUGAUUUCAAAUCUAUGUUCAAAGGACCUGUAGCACAAUAUAUUCCUUUUUACCAGGGUCAAUAUCAAGAUGACGCAAUGACCGCUGCUGAAGACAAGAAAACUAGUUCAUACAAGGACUUCCAAUUAGUUAUAGACUCGGGGUUUAACUGCACAUGGGCUGUUCCUAUAAUAAAGGGAGUACCGUAUUACAAAGCUAUCAAGAAACUCGACAUCGGUGGCAGAUUUUUAACAGGCCUAUUACAGGAAACCAUUUCGUUUAGGCAUUACAAUGUGAUGGAAGAGACAAUACUUGUAAAUAACAUCAAGGAGCAAUGUACUUUUGUUCCCCCUGAAUCAUAUUUUUCAAGUUUCCACAACAAAAUGAACACAAAGGUCGAGUAUGUACUACCGGACUUCCAAACGAGUUUCUUGGGGUACGUUAAGAAACCAGGUAAAGAAAAGCUCACGGAUGAUGCACAGACCUUAUUACUCACAGAUGAAGUCUUCUCGGUACCAGAAACGUUCUUUCAUCCUGAAAUUGCACAGAUUUUAAAACCAGGAAUCGUCGAAACAAUUCUAGAAUGCAUCAACAUGUGUCCCGAAGUCGUCAGACCAUUACUUGUUGCCAAUAUAGUAUGCACCGGAGGCAAUUUUAACAUUCCAAACUUCCACGAGCGAUUACAAACAGAAUUACAAAGACAAUGUCCGAUAGACUGGAGCUGCAAAGUACAUUCACCCCAGGAAAAGGACAAAUCUCUACACGGAUGGGAAAGCAUGAAAGACUUUGCCAACUCGGAUCAGUUCCGCUCAGCAAGGGUCACAAGAGAAGAAUAUCUAGAACACGGGCUCGAUUGGUGCACCAAGAACAGAUUUGGCUACCAACAGUGGUUGUAA